CCAACUGCCUUUUUCAGAUUACCUCCGAUUUCUACCACUCUCGCCGGUGCUCCGAUCAUCUCCGCACGAUUCAUUUCCGAUUUGCUCUCUUCUUGCGUUUUUCUCCUCUCUAGCGGUAAGUGAGUCUUCUGGAGAAUGGGAGAUUGAACAAGUAAGAGAUUCACUGAUUGAGGAAGAGAGAAAAGUUAGUUAAAAAUGGCUCCUGUGAGUAAAGCUGAUAAGAAGGCAGCAGUAGAUGCUGCUGCGUGGAUGUUCAAUGUCGUCACUUCUGUUGGUAUCAUCAUUGUUAAUAAAGCUCUAAUGGCGACUUAUGGUUAUAGCUUUGCUACAACCUUAACCGGUUUACAUUUUGCUACAACGACUCUGAUGACGAUUGUUUUAAGAUGUCUUGGCUACAUUCAGCCUUCUCAUCUUCCGUUUACGGAGCUUUUGAGAUUUAUUCUGUUUGCGAAUUUCUCGAUUGUUGGAAUGAAUGUCAGUCUUAUGUGGAACUCUGUCGGUUUCUAUCAGAUUGCAAAACUCAGCAUGAUUCCUGUAUCCUGUUUGUUGGAAAUGGUUUUCGAUAAGAUUCGUUACUCCAGAGACACAAAGCUUAGCAUAGGACUGGUUCUUGUGGGUGUUGGUGUUUGCACUGUUACUGAUGUUAGUGUAAACACUAAAGGCUUUGUAGCUGCUUUUGUUGCCGUGUGGAGUACUGCUCUACAACAAUACUAUGUACAUUACCUUCAGCGCAAGUACUCGCUUAACUCAUUCAACCUAUUGGGACAUACCGCUCCAGCCCAAGCUGCAACAUUGCUGGUAGUUGGCCCAUUUCUUGAUUAUUGGCUGACAGAAAAAAGAGUAGACAUGUACGACUACAACUUGGUCUCAGUGCUGUUUAUAACCCUGUCGUGCACAAUAGCGAUCGGAACCAACCUAAGCCAGUUCAUCUGCAUUGGGAGGUUCACCGCUGUGUCUUUCCAAGUCCUGGGACACAUGAAGACGAUCCUGGUGCUGAUAAUGGGCUUCUUCUUCUUUGGUAGAGAAGGUCUAAACUUGCACGUGGUUGUUGGAAUGAUAAUUGCAGUACUGGGUAUGAUCUGGUACGGUAAUGCCUCUUCGAAGCCAGGAGGCAAAGAGCGACGAAACUAUUCUCUUCCAACGACCCGUCAACAGAAACUUGGAGCUGCUUCGGAUUCGGACGACAACGAAGACAAAGCCUAGUAGUAAGUAGUAAAUUAUCAGGAACAUCACAUAGUUACAUCUCUGUUUUGAAUUGUUCUGUUUUUUAGUUUAAUUUAUGAUUCUCGUGCUAAAUUUUGGUUUGGUGCAAAAGAAAGCGAUUUUUUCAUACAGACGCUUGAGAUUUUUGUAAUGCAUUUUUGCGGAAUCAAGUUACAUCAACGCACAGCUUCCCAUAUUGCAAUAAGAAAUUCAUUUAUUAUUU